GCACUUGCAGUAAUGAUAACGAUUCACUUUGAAGAUCGCCUAUGUUUGAAAGGCUAACACAAACCCAAACUACGAAACUGUAACUUUUCAUUCAAACAUGCCUCGGAAAAAGCCAUUCAGCACCAAACAGAAGAAGAAACAGAUGCAAGUGAAACGGGAAAGAAAGAGAGGUGAGCCAGGCACAGGGCCCAGCAGCCGUAAUGCCAGUGUGGAGCGGGGGAUGGACAGGGAGAGACAGUCGGACACCUCAGAUAGCGAAACCACAGAUGUCAGGAGGAUAAACCAGCAGCCCGGCAUCAGGGAGGGCAGAUACGAUCCCAAUAGGUUCCGUCUGCACUUUGAGAAGGAGAGCAGAGAGGAGGUGGAGAGGAGGAAGAAGUUUGCCAGAGAGAAGGUUCUGGACCAGAUGUUAGACAAAGACCUGGAGGUUGACAUCAGCGACAUCUACCCCACAGAGAAAGGUCUUGAGUUUCCGCGGCGACCUCCGUGGAACUAUGGGAUGAAUCGUGAGGAGCUGCUGAGGAAAGAAGAGAAGUCAUACCGGGAAUAUCUGAAUGACCUGCACUCCAGAAACCCACCUGGAUCCCUCAGCCACUUUGAGCACAACCUGGAGACAUGGAGACAGUUGUGGAGAGUGUUGGAGAUGUCCGAUGUGAUCCUGCUCAUCGUGGACAUCAGGCACCCGGUGCUGCAGUUUCCCCCAGCGCUGUACCACUACAUCACUGGGGAGCUGCAGAAGCAGGUGGUGGUGGUGCUGAACAAAGCUGACCUGUGUCCCCCUCCCCUGGUGCUGGCCUGGACACACUACCUCCAGACACAGUUCCCCCACCUCCACUGUGUCUGUUUCACAUCACACCCCGGCCAGCCAUACAGCACAGUGCUUCAGAAGAAGAGGAUGAGAAAAAAGGGUACAUGUGGGUGGGGACAUGCUGGAGGCCCCACCCACAUCCUGAAGGCGUGUCAGGAAAUCACAGCAGGAAAAGUGGACUUGUCCAGCUGGGAGAAGAAGAUCCAGAGAGAUGCGGUUGCUAUGGGACCAGAGGGUGAGCAGUCAGAGGAGGGGGCGGACUCUGUGCUAGUGGAGCACCAGAGUGAUGUUGCCAUGGAGAUGAGCAGCCCCUCCAAGGAGCUGUAUAAAGAUGGCGUACUCACGCUGGGCUGUAUAGGCUUCCCUAACGUGGGGAAGUCAUCAGUAUUGAACAGUCUGGUAGGUAGGAAGGUGGUGAGUGUGUCUCGAACCCCCGGCCACACCAAAUACUUCCAGACCUACUACCUCACACCCACUGUCAAACUGUGCGACUGCCCUGGACUGGUCUUCCCUUCACUAGUCAACAAACAACUACAGAUCCUAGCUGGUAUCUACCCAGUGUCUCAGCUGCAGGAGCCCUACAGUUCUGUGGGUUAUCUGUGUGAGCGGACCCCCUUCCUGUCGGUGCUCAAGCUCCGGCACCCCAGCGUGGAGGGCCCACAGCAUGCACCCAAGGGGGGGGAGAAGGAAAGGGAACAGGGGCCCGAGCACAGCUGGACAGCCUGGGACGUGUGUGAGGCCUGGGCAGAGAGGAGGGGUUAUAAGACAGCGAAGGCAGCUGUCUGUCUCACAGCCUGGGCAGAGGGAGAGAGGUCAGUAUACAGGUCAUACAACGAUCAGAGAGAGCAGUGGGAGUCCCACCCAGACCUGGCAGAGAUCAUCGCUCUACAGGGACGGAGGGAAGAGGAGGGGGCAGGAGAGAGGGAUGAGGAGGAGGAGGGAGAGUCCAGCUCUGAGCUGGAGGAGGAGAGGGAUAGGGAUGCUGAUGAUGAUGGUGAUGAUGAUGAUGAAGAUGAAGGGUUUGGACACCCGGCAGUGAAGGAGAGGAAGGGGCCAACCAGCCUCACAGUCAAUAUGUUCGAUGUCCUCCGGGAAAACGAGUGCGAGUGAGGGAGAAAGAAUGAAUUAAAAAACAAAGCGCUUGAUUUCUCCCUCUACACUCACUGCACCUUCAUUCCAUUUUCCUUUCCUUGACUUGCAUUCCUUUAACAUUCUGACUCAACUCUUCUUUCCUCUACUCUCUCUCUCCCCAACCCCUCCCUCUCCCAGAGGUUACUAAAAGCACUCUGAUAUUGUAUAAAACAUGUUCAUUUCUCCAUGCUGUGCCUCUGCUCUGCUUGUUCACCCAUGCAGCUGUACUUAGACUGCAUUUAGACAGGCAGCCCAAUUCUGAUCUUUUUUCUACUAAUUGUUCUUUUGCCUAAUCACAUCCUAUCUUUAUCACAGCUGAUUGGUUAAAAGGCCAAUUGGUGAAGGAAAGAUCAGAAUUGGCCUGCCUGUCUAAACUAUUGUAGGAUUACAUUUGGUUUGGUUUUUAUCAUUUUCCUGCAUGUAGGAUUUUACUAUUAUUAUUUCCCUUAAAGCUGGUAGGGGUAUUGUGGUGUAUUAAUCAUUGAUUGGUUUUCAAUCUGUUUAUUGAUAAGUGGCCUCACAGCUGAGAUGCCAAAGGUCAGAUAAGAUGAUUAAACCCUUGAAAUGGAAUGGCUUGAACUGUGACAAGGUUAUGGAUUCCACCUGAUGUUGACAGUCACACAGUCUAAAUGGGGAUUAGACAGUGAUGAUGAUGUCAUCUACAUGGGACUACUAUUUGGCUGCCAGUGCAGAUUUAUGACAUCACUGUCUAUUCCUGGUUGAUUUAACUGUAUACCACGGUAUGAUAGUACUUCGGUAGGGUGGUGAUGUGUGGAAUUCAGCAUUCCAUGCUGCUUUCAGUGGUAAUAAUCAUUGUUGACCACAUUUUUAUAUGGUUCUACCCAAUUCAGUGUUAUAUUUUAGAGUCUACUAGGGGCAGUGCUCUUCAAUCCUGGUGCAGGAGACUCAGUAUUGGACUGAAACAAAAGCCUAUGCACCUUGUGGGUCCCCAGGACCAGGCUUGAAAACAUCUGAUUGAGUUUAAAGACAUGUUGUUGUGGACUAUACAUGUAGUGUUUGAACUACUACAGAAGAAAACUGUCAGAAUUUGCUGUUACAGAGAGCCACUCACGUGCAGCACUGUAUCAUGCAACGCUGAGUGACUGACUCACUUGAGAGAGAGUUUGCCCACCAAAAAGCACUCUGAUGUUCUGAGAUAGUAUCACAUGGUUCCAUAGCAGCCAAUAUUGAACAAUACAGUAACGGUCCUGUUAAUGAUCCUAAAUUAUGCCAGCUAUGCAAACCAGCUGAGUAGCAAGAUUUUAGGACGAGAGUCUAAAUACUGGAAGAAUGGAACGACAUUAAUGUUGGUUAAACUUCCAUCUCUAUGGCUCUGUUCUAAUGUUACAAUCUGUCAGGGCUGGAUUCUAGUGUGCUGUUGCCUACUGUUGUUCCUCAUUGUUCCUGUUCUACUGUUACAAUCUGUCAGGGCUGGAUUCUAGUGUGCUGUUGCCUACUGUUGUUCCUCAUUGUUCCUGUUCUACUGUUACAAUCUGUCAGGGCUGGAUUCUAGUGUGCUGUUGCCUACUGUUGUUCCUCAUUGUUCCUGUUCUACUGUAUUACAUGUCACUCUGAGGGAACACUACUGCACAGUGCUGUGUUACCGUGUAACAACAUGCACUGUUCUGGUCUAUACCAAUGGCACACUUAGAAAUAUACACACUAGGGCCAUUAGUUUUUCCUGUCUGUGUGACUGAUCAGGAAAAACUCUGGGCCGUAGUGUGUCUAAGCAACAACUAGGGACCCAGCAGAGUUUUUUCCUACCCACGUGACCAGGAAAAACUCCUGUCCCUAAUACACACCACUCUGGUUUCCGAUAUAGAGAUAGAUGUGUUAAUGCUCUUUGUUUGAAUGAUUUAAACAGACUUGUACGUGAGUGUUUGGAUUGUGUAUUUGCUGCAUUCUUUAUUUCAUUCCUGGUAUGACAAUGACAAUGAACUGGACUGCUCUCUGCAAUAAAGAUAAUCCAUGGAACAA